AGUCAUUAUUUGAAUUCCCUCUCUCUCUAACAAACUUUGAAAUUCUGACAGCUUCCAAGCUUUGGCCUACCAUCGCCAUUCACCAUUCUUCUUCUUCUUCUUCUUCUUCCUUCUCCUCUCUUCCCUUUCCUUCAUUUCUCAAGCCAAACCCACAAAUCUUCAUCAUCAACCGCCGGAGCCAUGUCAGGUUAUGUAGGCAUUCUCGUCUCAGAUCCAUGGCUCCAGAAUCAGUUCACCCAAGUCGAGCUCCGGAGUCUCAAGUCUCAUUAUAUGAGUAUGAAGAGAGAGAACGGUAGGCUUAACCUUGGAGACUUGCCUUCUAAGAUGUCCAGACUUAAAGUUGUAGGAGAGAAUCUUACGGAACAAGAGAGAGCUUCUUUUAUACAAGAUUUGUAUCAGAAUCAGGAUGAUGAAGUUGAUUAUGAAUUCUUCCUUAAAAUUUAUUUGAAAUUGCAAGCUCACGCAAGUGUUAGAACCGGAAGUACUGGUGCGAAAAAUUCAUCGGCAUUUCUUAAAGCCGCCACCACUACUUUGCUUCAUACAAUUAGUGAAUCCGAGAAGGCAUCAUAUGUCGCACAUAUCAAUAAUUACCUUUCACAAGAUAAAUUUCUUAAAAGAUACCUUCCUAUAGACCCUUCCACCAACAAUCUAUUCGAGAUUGCAAAGGAUGGCGUUCUCCUCUGUAAACUAAUCAAUGUGGCGGUUCCUGGAACCAUUGAUGAUCGUGCAAUCAAUACAAAGGCUGUGCUAAAUCCUUGGGAAAGAAAUGAAAACCAUACGCUUUGUCUCAACUCUGCAAAGGCCAUUGGAUGCACUGUAGUAAACAUUGGAACACAGGAUUUUAUUGAAGGAAGGCGGCAUCUUGUACUCGGACUUAUAUCACAGAUUAUUAAGAUACAAUUAUUGGCAGACCUCAACCUCAAAAAGACCCCUCAGUUGGUGGAGUUGGUUGGUGAUAGUAAGGAUGUGGAGGAGUUGAUGAGCCUACCUCCAGAAAAGAUCUUACUGAGGUGGAUGAAUUUUCAGCUAAAGAAAGGAGGAUACAAUAAGACAGUAACAAACUUCUCUUCUGACAUAAAGGAUGCAGAAGCAUAUGCUUACCUCUUAAAAGUCCUUGCGCCUGAGCACAGUAAUCCAUCAAUAUUGACAGUGAAAGAUGCUUUAGAACGAGCUAAGUUGGUUCUUGAACAUGCAGAUAAGAUGGGUUGUAAAAGAUAUCUCACAGCUAGAGAUAUUGUGGAAGGUUCACCAAAUUUGAAUCUUGCUUUUGUCGCUCAUAUCUUUCAGCAUAGGAAUGGGCUGUCUACUCAGACAAAGCAGAUAUCUUUUCUAGAGACAAUGCCAGAUGACGCCCAAAUUUCUAGGGAAGAGAGAGCGUUCCGUUUAUGGAUAAAUAGCAUGGGGCUUUCAACCUAUAUCAAUAAUGUCUUUGAAGAUCUUAGAAAUGGGUGGAUUCUUCUUGAGACGCUAGACAAGGUGUCCCCAGGAAUUGUUAAUUGGAAGAUUGCAAAUAAGCCUCCGAUUAAAAUGCCAUUUAGAAAAGUAGAAAACUGCAACCAAGUUGUCAAAAUAGGGAAGCAAUUGAAGUUCUCUUUGGUCAAUAUUGCUGGAAAUGAUAUUGUGCAAGGGAAUAAAAAAUUGAUACUGGCUUACUUGUGGCAACUGAUGAGAUACAACAUCCUUCAACUUCUAAAGAACUUAAGAUUCCACUCAUUUGGGAAGGAAAUCACCGAUGCUGAUAUUUUGCAAUGGGCAAAUGGUAAAGUCAGAAGUUCUGGGAGCCAGUGUCGCAUGGAUAGUUUCAAGGACAAGAGUUUGUCGAAUGGAACAUUUUUCCUGGAGCUUCUCAGUUCAGUGCAGCCUAGAGUUGUCAAUUGGAGUCUUGUUACCAAAGGAAUCACCGAGGAGGAGAAAAAGAUGAAUGCAACCUACAUCAUUAGCAUUGCAAGGAAGCUUGGAUGUUCCAUAUUUUUGCUUCCUGAAGACAUCACUGAGGUGAAUCAAAAGAUGAUCCUCACCUUAACUGCAAGUAUAAUGUAUUGGUUCUUGAAACAAGGUGGGGAUGACAAAGCUUCGGUUAGUUCAGACAGCGAAAACAGCAGCCAAUCAGAGGCGAUUUCAAACUCAACGACCGAUGACUCAGCCUCCGAGUCAUCGGCAGAUGAAAAUGGAAGAAGAAGAAGAAGAAGAACAAACUCAAAAGUGCUUUUCUAAAAAAGGAAUUUUUUUUUUCUUUUGCUUUCUGCAGAAGCAGCUGCGAUCUGUGAAUAGCUCAGUUCUUUUCAACAAAUAUUUGUAUUAUGAAUUUGAUUUUUUUUUUUUUUUUACUAUUCCUAAUUUUUGGGCUUUUCCGUCGUAUAGUAUAUAUUUAUUAGUUUGCAUUUUACUGUACUUAUAGUUAUAUCUUUACUCUUUCUUUUC